AUGGCUCCCUCACCUUUGAGAUCCAAGUCACUUAACCAUGGCCGCUCUCUUAGCUUCCCAUCUUCAUCACAUCCUGCUCCUACUCACUUCGAUGAGAACUUAUCCAGAUUGAGAUCUUCCGAGGCUGCUUGCUCGUCGCUCUCAUCCAUCAACCGCGCUGCAAAUGGCCUCAGAAACUUAUAUGAGAGCAUCGAUGAUUUGCUUCUCUUGCCUCACAUUCAGCAGAUCGUUUCUGAGGAGUGUGUUGAUAAUUACAUCAGCCUAUUGGAUGCUAGCAGCUCAGUUAAGGAUCUCAUCUCACUCGUGAAGGAAGAUCUACGAGAGCUUCUCUCUGCUGUAAGGAGAAAGGAUGUUCGAGGCAUAAACGGCUACCUUGCUUUAAGAAAGCAGUCGAAGAAAAAGAUCCAAAAGUGUUUGAAGAAGUUGAGACGUAGCAGCGCCUCAGCCUUUUCUGAGAAUGUUUCCAUGUUGAAAGAUGCAGAGUCCGUUGCCAUUUCCUUGCUCGAGUCUCUCUUGUCCUACACGUUGGGGAUGACAAUGCAAGAAAGCAUCAGACGACGAGAAUGA